CGAGGCGGGGAGACUGUUGUGUCCGCUGUGCACCAAGCGAAACUGGGCCCAACUGGAGAACGACCUUUGGCGGCUGGAAAAGUGGCUGAAAGUGGCCGAGAGCACGCAGAAGACGCGCCGACCGCCCCCGGCCAACAUCGAGCAACUGGAGGACGUGAUCCAGGAUCAGCACGAGUUCCUGCUGGACCUGGACAGCCACAGGAGCAUCGUGAGGUCGCUGAACAUCGUCGGCACGCAUCUGGCCGACCACACAGAAGACGCGGCCAAAGCAGAGGAGUUGCGAGCGAGACUGGAGGCCGACAACAAGAGGUGGGACCAAAUUUGCAGAGAGGCGGCCGCCUGGCAGGUGCAGCUUCAACGGGCCCUCAUGGAUAAUCAGCAGUUCCACGCGAUGCUGAGCGAAUUGUGCAGCUGGCUGGAAAGGAACGAGCGCAAAAUCAAGGCCUCAGAACCGGUGGAUCUGACAGCGCCGGAAGCCACCAUCGAGAAGAAGUUCCAGAACUUCCUGGAGCUGAAAGCUGAGCUGGAGCGCUGCGAGCCGCGCGUCCUCAGCCUGCAGGAGGCGGCCAAUCAGCUGCUUCGCGAAGAAAACGCCCCCGAAGGCUCGAGCCUUAUCUGCCAAAGGCUGACCGAACUAAGGCUAAAGCUGCAAUCCCUGAUAAGACUGACUGUUGUAUAUACGUUGAAGUUAGGAGCCGUAUUAGGCCGAGAUCCUAAUGAAAUAGGCAAGGCGAUCGCAGCUAGCUAUAGUUCGCCCUUGCAACCCCCCAGCUAUGACCUUUUGGACCAGCCUGAUGGGGACCGGCCAUCUACAUCGGCACAAGGCGAGCCCACUCACAA